AUGAACACGUCUCAACGUGCAGCGUGCUUUCGUGGGGUCCGGUGCAGCGUUUUUGGUUUUAAGCUUCAAAGAAUUGUCGCUUCACCUUGCGAGCUGGCUCCCAGUCUGGUGCUAGCUUUGACCGUGGGCCGCUUCAGCCACAUGUCCGUUCUGGUGAAGGACUUGGUCGGAAAUGAGUACAAGCUUGAGCUGACUGGGCUGCAAACCGUCCUGGACCUGAAGAAGCUUUUGGAGCAAGUUGUGGUCGACCUCCCCAUCCCACAGCAACGACUAACGCUCCUCCGCACAGAGAAGAGGCUGGAGCCUGAGUCACAGCAGCUGGCAGCCUUGGGUCUCAAGGAUGGCGAUGAGCUGGAGUUGCAGGUGCUUUCAUGGACGGAAGCACAAGGGCUUUGA